AUGGAGGUGACAGGCCGAACCACCGCAGGAGAAUCUCCGUCAUUGAUGCAGCUUGGAUCAACCCCACACGCAACGCCGUUGGAAAGCUGUCUUUUGGCGUCUCCAGUGGGAACCGCUUUGAAGUUGCCGGCGGUGGGUCAGAAGGUGGGUUCGGAAGGUUGGGGUCGCGGGGGACGUCUGCGUCACAACAAGACACGUCCAAAUGCGUUUCAGGAGGGGGAGGUAGCCCUUCUUUUUUUGGAUGACAGCACCGAAGGGAAAAGAAACGUUACCAUGACAGAUUGCGAAGAUCGUAUUGGCGACACUAGGCGGCAAACUUUAUUGAAAGCCUCAUUGGAACGCAGGGCGAGAGAGCCUGCCGCAACGUUUGUGACGCCGCUUACGUUGAGACCACAAAGCGUGACAUCGCAGCACAUGCUGCGGACAUCACCCAGUGGCACUCCAAAGAUGGACAACGCUGGUACCGGGGUGGAUUUUCUUUUAACGUGCAGUGACGCGUGUCGAACCUCUGGGCAGCAGCGGGGUCGGCGCGUGAUAAAGAACGUUGUAGAGUACGACCCGAAAUCGUACAGUGAGCUGCUUCCAGCCACGCUUAAGAUGCGUAAGGUGAGGGAUGUUGAGAGCGGAACGGUGUCAAGCACAGCCGUAAGUGAAAUGUUUGCGAAACGUGAUGCUCGACAUACCAACCGUGGGGUGUCAUCAAUGAAUGACAAGAAAGCUCAGCGGGUGCCUUUGGUGGAGUUGCAGGAAUUUGUUAGGACGAUGAAUCAGCUGCAAGAGCGGGGAAGACACAUGCGACGCCGGUGGAGACGAUAUAUGCCGUGUGUAACGGCGGUGAGUGGUGGUGCUGUUAGGAUGCUCAAUGAAGAUGAUGAUGACACGAGCUCCGAGGGUCUACAGGAUCAUAACAGUGACGGGGAGUUUAACCUGACAUUGUCGAAACGACAGCAGCCGAAGACGGAAGCCACCAGGGCAUCGAUUUUCUCAUGGCAUGAGGAGAUGAACGCACUUCAGAAGCAUGGGGACAACACGCGGGGUGCAGUGCUGCUGCGGAGUGAACUGAAAAAGAGUCAGCGUGAGGUGGCAAAGGCCCGUCAAGGCGUUACCGUUGCAAGUGUGCAGAUGAUUCACAAUGAACCAACGAGAUACAAAGACGCUGAUGAGGAAGAGCAAGGAGAGCUGUGGGAGGAGCCACCCCAUUCUUCUCUAGAGGACAUAUCAUGGAGGGCAGAGAAUGAGGUUUCGCAGCGCGUUGCUGCUAUACCGUCAGAUGUUCCUCCUGCAUCUGGGGCUUUGAAGGAAGCGGAGGACUGCGGUAACACCCACAGUAAUAGGGAAAAAAGUCAAGAUAACACCAUAGUGGCCGGUUGCAUCAGCCCCCGACUUGGUAGUCUACUGCAUCGUGGAAAGGGCACAACGGUGUAUGGACUUAACCUUGGUCGUAAGCGUGGCAGUUGUAAAACGCAGUUCCCCCACCUGCGUCCUAAGUCGCCGUUGUCAUCACUACCCCAUGUGCCGGGAUUGCCAUUUGCCAUGAGUACACCUGCACCCUUGCCGUCUGACGCAAAGCCUAAGGCGGAGCGGAACGCGUGUCGCACUCACCACCACACGACAUUAACAUGGCGACCCCUUCCUGUUGAGCAUGGUGUGGGGGAGCAGUCUAGCCUGCGGUUUAAGGCGCAGGUUACGCAGGGGCGCCUGGAGGAUUGCCAGUCGGACAUACUAGACGGGGAAGCUAUCCUGCGUACACGUGAGCUUCUGCUUGAGCUGCGACCGACACGAGCGGCGCUGCUCAAUGAGUCGCUCAAGCACUCUCACAGGAACGCAAGGGCUAUUCUACAACAACACCGACAAUGCAUAUUUGAAAAGGUUGCGGAGAAGGACUCUGAGAAGCGAAAGGAAGCGUGCCUGGAAUAUGUUAAUCUCCUCGAGCAGGCCUACUGCGGCGAGGUUGCUGAAAGCUCGUUGGCUGCUGUGACAAGCGCAUUGCAAAGUGUACGGAACCUCAUCUCUGUCUCGCCUAAACGCUGCAAUGCGCGCAGCUAUAGUGCUCUUCUCAUGGAUCACUUUGUAAUGGCGCACCUCACUGAGCUGCCAGUCCGUGACCUCCUUUGGCGGCUUGCAGAACUGUUUGAUAUGACAACGACACAAUACAAUUAUGCCCUGUGGAACGCAUACCAAAUGCUCAACACCCCGCGGGACUAUCAGGCACGAUUUCGGGAGAUUGACCACACAAUUGUGGGUAUUCCGGCGCCUGUGGAGCGGCGGGUUCGUCUCACGCUUCACCGCUGUCGCUUUUUGCAGGCCAAUGCCUCCGUUGGCACAGCACACAUUGUUUCUGGGACAGGGGGAGAGAGAGUCAGGGACUUGGCCGAGGUUUCUGUGCAAAUAAAGAGUGAGCACCAGGUCUUCCUAUCCACGGCUGUGCGGGCGCGCGUAUGCAGUGAUGAGGAAUUGUUUAGCUGGAACGUCUCCCGAAGAGACGAAAAGUCUCCUUCCCUUUGCGGUGCAAAUUUCAUGGAUCAGGUUUUUCGUCUUCAGCUUUGCGAAAACACCGAGUUGUGGGUGGGGCUUCUGCACAACGGCCUGGUGAUGGCGAGUGGUAAGUUUAGCUUGUCGGACUGCACCUUCAAUGUGCGUGGUCUCGCGCUGCUGUGGCUUCGUCUGUCGGGCGGGGAGGCGGCGGAGGCGGAGAUCAAGCUCACCCUGGCGUUACUUGGCGAGAAGCAUCCACACAAGAAGGCCCUGCGGAAGUGA